CAGUUCCUGUGGAAUUCUCUGACUUGUGAACGUCAAUAGCCACCGCCGCGGAAAUGGUCCGAUUCUUGGUUGCAGCAAUGGUGCUGGUGGCGGCGUGCUCAGCGCUGCCCCAGGAACCGCCCCCACCUCCGCCCCCGGCUGGAGCGGGUCCCGUACCUCCAGGAGGCCCAGCGCCGCCUCCACCUCCGCCGCCCCCUGCCCCUCCAGCGGGACCCGCUGGAGCGGCGGCGCCAGCACAGGGAGCCGGCGAGGAGGCCUCCAUCACUUCCAGCAACUCCGUCAUUAACCCCGACGGCAGCUUCAACUACAGUUACGAGCUGAGCAACGGUAUCAAGGCGGAGCAGUCGGGCUACCUGAAGCCCGGCAACUCGAGCUCUGGCCCGCAGGCGCGCCUGGGGGCGGAGGCCGGCGCCGACGACGAGGGCUCCGGGGACGAGGUGCAGGUCGUCACCGGCUCCUUCUCCUACGUCGCGCCCGACGGCAAGACCAUCAGCGUCAGGUAUACGGCUGACGAGUCUGGAUACCACCCGAUGGUCGACUACGGCGGUCAAGGCGGUCAGGCUGGUCAGGCCGGUCAGAGCGGCCAGCCUGCCCAGUAAAGGUGGACGUCGACUGGGUGACAACAGUUACGCUGUCAAGGACUCGGUGCACAAUUCUCGGAACAAUCCUACGCCAGUUUCACAACCAAUUGUCUGGAGACCGACCGCCCGCCUGCCUACUGCUUUCGCCGAGCUCGACAAGUAUUGUGGUUCACUACCAUGUCAGUAUUGUGAUCGACUCACUGGAAACGUCGUUUCCUAUCCUUCGAAGCUACGUACAACACUGAAAAAGAGGAAUUCCUACUUUUAAACUCCUACCAUGCAACUUACCACUUACUGUCGCGGUCGAUGAGCUGCAGAGCUUAAGUUGUUCCAAAAAAUGCAGUUUGGUCUCCUGUGACUGUUUAUAUUGUAAUGCGAGUGGUCCUUACUCUACCUCUUUCCUCUUGUGCAACAACCAAUAAUUUAUGAAACAGCACUUCGGGUAGUGCAGUGCUUCCUGCUUUUUCGAAACAUACGCUCCUGGACUGUUUGAUUUUCAUUACAGUACCGGCCUACACUGUGGGCACUAUGUUAUGCAGUUUUACUUCCUUGAAAACUAGAGAUCAAAGUCAAUAAAGAUCUCUAUUCGAUCACUAACCUCAGUUUAUCCUCCAAAUGUUUUAUCUGUAUAUACUAUUGACACUGUAUGUUAGCUUCAAAUCCAUGGGUUUUCACUAACAUGUAAUAUACCUGCAGUUCUCUAUUGAUAUGGAGAAGGAAUGAUGUGUGGAUAUCUUUUUGUAAUUUUAUUUUGUGACUUUAUUAUGAAUGUGUGUAAUUAUGUAUGUAUUUCCAAAUAAAUGACUUUUUGAU